GGAGGAGCGCGCGGCCGCGAGCAAAGGAGGGAGGGAAGGAAGGAAGAGAGGGAGGCAAGCAGGCAGGCGGGCGCGGGGGUCGGGAACUGAGGCAGUAGAGGGAGGCGAAAGCCCGGCAGCCGCUUCGCGCUGUGUUUGCUGCGCGGGCUUUUGGAGGGGGCGGCUGUAGAGUCGGCUGAGGAGAAGAGGGCACCGGCGGCGUUGGUGCUAGCGCCUGGGGGCGGGGGACCGGAGAGGCGAGAAGGGGGGUCGCUGCGGUGGUUCUCUCGCUGUCGCGCUCCCUUUCCUUGCCUCUCUCCCGGCUCGGUGGGCUCCUCCCGGCGUCUCUCUCGCCUCCGGGGCCCCGCUCCCCGCCCCCCGCGGUAUGUCUUGAUCCCGAGCAGCGGGUUUCAUGGGGCUCCUCAGGAUUAUGAUGCCGCCCAAGUUGCAGCUGCUGGCAGUGGUGGCCUUCGCCGUGGCGAUGCUCUUCUUGGAGAACCAGAUCCAGAAACUGGAGGAGUCCCGAUCGAAGCUAGAAAGGGCUAUUGCAAGACAUGAAGUCCGAGAAAUUGAGCAACGACAUACAAUGGAUGGGCCCCGGCAAGAUGCAGCUUUAGAUGAGGAAGAGGACAUGGUGAUCAUUUAUAACAGAGUUCCCAAAACUGCAAGCACCUCAUUUACCAAUAUCGCCUAUGACCUGUGUGCAAAGAAUAAAUACCAUGUUCUUCACAUCAACACUACCAAAAAUAAUCCAGUGAUGUCACUGCAAGAUCAGGUGCGCUUUGUAAAGAACAUAACUUCCUGGAAAGAAAUGAAACCAGGAUUUUAUCAUGGACACGUUUCUUACUUGGAUUUUGCAAAAUUUGGUGUGAAGAAGAAGCCAAUUUACAUUAAUGUCAUAAGGGAUCCUAUUGAGAGGCUAGUUUCUUACUAUUACUUUCUGAGAUUUGGAGAUGAUUAUAGACCAGGGUUAAGGAGACGAAAACAAGGAGACAAAAAGACCUUUGACGAAUGUGUAGCUGAGGGCGGCUCAGACUGUGCUCCAGAGAAGCUCUGGCUUCAAAUCCCGUUCUUCUGUGGCCACAGCUCCGAAUGCUGGAAUGUGGGAAGCAGGUGGGCUAUGGAUCAAGCCAAGUAUAACCUAAUUAAUGAAUAUUUUCUGGUGGGAGUUACUGAAGAGCUUGAAGAUUUUAUCAUGUUGUUGGAGGCAGCUUUGCCCCGGUUUUUCAGGGGUGCUACAGAACUCUAUCGUACAGUAGGAAAGAAAUCUCAUCUAAGGAAAACCACAGAGAAGAAACUCCCCACUAAACAAACCAUUGCAAAACUACAGCAGUCUGACAUUUGGAAAAUGGAGAAUGAGUUCUAUGAAUUUGCACUAGAGCAGUUCCAAUUCAUCAGAGCCCAUGCUGUUCGAGAAAAAGAUGGAGACCUCUACAUCCUUUCACAAAACUUUUUCUAUGAAAAGAUUUACCCUAAAUCAAACUGAGUAUAAGAUGUGAUUAUUAGAUUCUUGUACUAAAACUUUGACCCUAUCUUCACACUUGUUCUCAGCUCCACAACCCGGAUUGCUGAUAGGUAUAUAUGACAGUUUGUAUUGGGUUGAAUUAGGAAACAGUAAUGUCGAGGAAGUAGAUACUGACUGAUAUGUCAGUGUUCUAAGAAGUUUAAAUUUCAGGCAUUUUUCUUUUUUCUGGUUAAAUUUUGGUGAGAGUUAUAAACUCCUGCCUGGAAAAAAACCUAUACAUCACCUAAGAUAAACACAUGGCAGGUCUAAUCAAAAGGCUAAAUACAGUUUCAGAGAAGUUUCUGAUACUCUUGUUUUUGAUAAAGCAUUUUUUUCAACUAACCAUGAAUGAAGAAUCCACUUGCCACCGCCGUUACCGAAGGUUUGGAUUAUACACCUCUACUCAAUAGUGUUGAUAACUGUUUGGCAGUGUGUGCUUUGUUUUGUGAAUCAUGUUUCAUGAAAUUUAUUGAAAUGUUUGAUCAUGUUUGCUAAGAAAUGUUUCUGCUGUAGUUGGAUUUGCCCAUAUUUAUGUAGGUGAUUUUGAUUUUUUAAAAUAAUCAUUAGUGGUAAAAACAAGUUUAAACCAUGACUAAUACUAAAGAGAUAAAGAGUCAAAGCAGUAUUUCUCA